AGUUUUUGGCUGCCACUGCCAUUUGAUUUGUCAAAAAAGUUUACCAACAUCUUACAUUUGAGUAUAAGUAUAUCCCUAUGUCAAAUCUGCUUUCCAUGGAUGCUCGGCGCGCCUAGAAGGUGAUGGAAGUGUCCGUAUGCCUCUCCGGCCUUCUCAGCUUGCAUCCGUGGCGUGCAAAGCCGCCUCUGCCGCUUUAUAUGAACACACACAAAUACACAAUCACCAUCUGCACUGCAUCUCGACGAAGCGACAAUCAAGUCAAGUGCCUAGCUCGGCGAAGGCUUCGAGUUCGACAUGGCUUUAGCUCGCCUGUGCCUCAACAGGGCCCUCGCCGUCGCCGCCGGCCGCGCGCAGGCGCUGGCGAGGCCGGCGUACGCCGUAGCCCCGGAGACAGAUUUGAAGCUUCGCGCCCUUUUGUCAACGUCGGCUGCCGACUCUGCCGCCUCAGGCGAGGCGAGCCGCCGGGAGGUCGCCGUGUCGGAGGAGCGCUCCGCCCCCGCACGCCGCGGCGGACGCUGGGCGUGGCGUGACCUCCGCGACUUCACCCCGUUCCGCCUCGUCGACGGUCUCGGGAGCGCGCUGUCGCAGGUGGCGGAGACGCUGAGCAGGCCGCUGGAGCGGCUGGCGCCGUCGCGGCUGCUGUCGGGGAAGGUGAGGGAGGACGAGGCGCGGUACCGGCUGCGGUUCGAGGUGCCGGGGCUCGGCAAGGACGACGUGCGCGUGGCCGUGGAGGACGGGGUGCUGGUCAUCGAGGGCGAGAAGCGGGAGCACGGGGAGGAGGUGGGCGGCGAGUGGUGGUCGGCGGCCACCGGGUACCACGCCAGCCUGCUGCUACCCGACGACGCGCGCGCCGACGGGAUCACCGCCGAGGUCAAGGACGGCGUGCUGUACGUCACCGUGCCGCGCACCGGGGAGCGCAGGCGGAACGUCACCGAGGUCAAGGUCCAGUGAUGAUGAUGCGUGUCGUGUCACUCGUGUGCGUGCUUCUUGUCUCGUGAGCUCGUGACCGUUGUGUAUUGGUGUGAGAUCGUGCAACUGAUCCGCCCCGAGCGCGUCUGCGCUGCACACCAGCAGAUGUCUCCUGAAAUAAAAUCUCGUGUAAAGAAAGAAUGGCAUGAUCAUCCAUCAAAAUUGUACUUAUCAAAAGAAUACUCUCUCCAUCUUAAAAUA